GUAAUACUGUAAUAAAAUUAAUAGUAUUAGUAGUAUUAUUACUUUUGAAAUAUAAAAAAAAAUACUUGUAAAUACAAGUUCUGAGCAGUGUGUCACCUUAAUAUCAAAAACAAUUUAUUAAUAAUAAAUAUUAAAUAUAGAAACAUUAUAUUUCUACAGCGUAGGCCUGUGGUAUGCAGAAACUGAGAAAGACUCUUAGGCUAACUCGUACAAGUUGUGAUUUGACUGUCCAUUCAUCGUCAUCCCACACUGGAAACAAAUUAAAAGUUAUGGAAGUAUCCAAUCUGACAGAGAACAAAGCUGUAAAGCGCAAAGCAAAGGAGAAUGUUUUGUCGACUACCUAUAAGAAGAAGGUGAAAGGGAGUAACAAGCCAUUUCGACCUGGAUUUGGAGAAGAGAAAUUUGAUGAAACAGAUUACUACAUUGAGAAUGGUUUGCGGAAGGUUUAUCCUUAUAUAUUUACAUAUACUUCAUACUGUAAAGGUCGAUGGGCAGGAGAAAAACUUAUGGAUAUAUAUGCUCGAGAAUUUAGAGCACACCCAAGAGAAGAAUAUGUAAAAGCUGUUCUAUCAGGGAGUGUAACUGUGAAUGGAAAAAUGGUGGGGACAGAUUAUGUUCUGCGGGAUAAUGAUUUGAUAGCUAACAAAGUACACAGGCACGAAAUUCCAGUGUUAGCUGCUCCUCUGAAAAUCAUUCAUCAAUCGGAUGACUUGGUCAUAAUUGAUAAACCACCAUCAAUUCCUGUUCAUCCAUGUGGGCGGUACAGACAUAACUCUAUAGCAUUUAUUCUGGGGAAGGAAUACAAUUUGAAGAAUUUGAAUAUACUUCAUCGACUGGACCGGUUAACCUCUGGAUUACUGAUGUUUGGGUUGAAAGCUGACAGGGUUAAAACAAUGAUGGAUCAAAUACGAGAAAGACAAGUCAGCAAAGAAUAUGUUUGUCGUGUGGACGGUAACUUCCCUGAUCAGCCUGUUUGUUGUGUUGAGCCCAUUGAAGUAAUAUCUCACAAGAUAGGAGUGUGUGUUGUAAGUCCAUCUGGUAAAGGUUGUAAGACAGAGUUUUCCAAGCUUAGUUAUAAUGGAAAGUCAAGUGUUGUGAUGUGUCGUCCAUUAACAGGUCGAAUGCAUCAAAUAAGAAUACAUCUGCAGUACCUAGGACAUCCCAUUGUGAAUGAUCCUUUAUAUAACCAUGAAGUGUUUGGGCCAAACAAAGGGAAAGGGGGAGAUUUGGGAAAAUCAAGGGAACAGCUUCUUGAAGAUCUUAUAAAAGUACACACUGCAGAAAACUGGCUUAAUGAAGAAGAAAGUUCUUCAGGUACAAGUAAUGACAGUGAUCAGACCAAAUAUGACAAACUUGUAGGAGAAAAGAAAGAUGAAAAUGAGGACACAUCAGGACAACAAGCUACAAUAGCAGAAGAAAAUAAAAAUAUAGAAUGUGCAGGAUCUACUUCCUUAACUUGUGGCAUUACUUCUAGUUUAAAACAUUACACUGAAAAUGAUAAGCAGUAUGAAAAAUUAAAGAAACAGUACGUUUUUGACCCCAAGAAGAUAACCUAUGAUCCCAACUGUUAUGACUGUCAACGAAAGUAUAAAGAUCCAAAACCAUCAGAUCUCAUCAUGUUUCUACAUGCUCUUAAGUAUAAGGGUCUUGACUGGGAAUUUGAGACAGAGAUGCCAGCUUGGGCAAAAGAUGAUUGGACUGAAAGUUGAAGAAUAUGAACAAGGUUUCCAUUUUGGGUUAUCAGAUACUUGUGUAAAUAAGUGUUGAAAUGAUAUAUCUCAUUUUUCUACAGACUUUUGUAAAUUGUCUGAAAUAAACUAAAAAGUGAGAAAGAGAUAA